GCGGAAGUUGUUGGCUGCUUCUGCAAAGUGCAGGCAGCUUUUAAGGCUAACACGCCUCUCAGCGUGUUUUACCUCUUUGACAUCGUAAAGGAAAACUAUGAAAAUGUUCGAAAUGUGCGUAAGAAGAAGUCGGCACGUCCAGGGAAAUGAUUUUCACCGACAUCGCCUCUGAAGAAGAGGAUAAGCUAACGUAAAGAAACCCGGAAGUGUUGUUAAAGCUCCCAGCAGCCACAGACACAAUGAGUGCCAAAUAUGGCCUGGUGAGCUACAACAGUUCACGGAAGCACCUUUCGAUCUCCAUCCCGUCGUCUACAGAGGUGAUGUCGCCCCACAUAAAGUCUGUGGAGGAGCUGCGGGUCCUGGGAAUCAACCUGAGCAGCUUCAGUACCCCCACACAGUUCUUGAUCUGCGUGGCUGGAGUCUUCCUCUUUUACCUCAUCUAUGGAUACCUGCAGGAGUUGAUAUUUUCAGUGGAAGGAUUCAAGCCUUUUGGUUGGUACCUCACUCUGGUCCAGUUUGGCUUCUACUCCAUGUUUGGUCUAGUGGAGCUUCAGCUCACACAGGACAAACGCAGAAGGAUACCAGGGAAGACCUACAUGAUGAUAGCAUUUCUAACAGUGGGCACUAUGGGCCUGUCUAAUACCUCUCUGGGCUACUUGAACUACCCUACACAGGUCAUCUUCAAGUGCUGUAAACUCAUCCCGGUCAUGAUUGGAGGAGUGUUUAUACAAGGUAAACGCUAUAAUCUUGCUGAUGUGUCUGCUGCUCUCUGCAUGAGUCUGGGACUCAUCUGGUUUACGCUAGCUGACAGCAAAGUGGCCCCCAACUUCAACGUCACAGGUGUUCUCCUCAUCUCCAUGGCACUAUGUGCUGACGCCGCCAUUGGAAACGUGCAGGAGAAAGCAAUGAAACUCCACAAUGGCUCCAACUCUGAAAUGGUGCUGUACUCGUACUCCAUCGGUUUUGUCUACAUACUGACAGGCCUGCUCUGUGUGGGUGGGCUGGGACCAGCAGUGGCAUUCUGCUCCGAACAUCCCGUGAAGACGUACGGUUAUGCUUUCUUGUUCUCUCUUACGGGUUAUUUUGGCAUCUCCUUCGUGCUGGCCUUGAUCAAGCUCUUUGGUGCCCUGGUUGCAGUGACAGUGACCACCGGGAGAAAGGCCAUGACUAUCGUACUUUCCUUCAUGUUCUUCGCCAAACCUUUCACUUUUCAGUACAUCUGGGGCGGCCUUCUGGUAGUCUUUGGCAUCUUCUUGAAUAUUUACAGUAAACAAAAAGACAAAAUGAAGCUUCCUUCCAUCAUGGACGUUAAGAGCUGGCUGCUGACAGGAAAGAAAGUCAGAUUUCUCUCACAAAACGUAUAGAAGGCACCCACAGGCGUAGCGGAAGUCCUGCGCUGACUGUCUGUCUGUUCAGAUGUAGAGUUGGCCCACCUGUCUCGGCAGGUAUGCUGAAGCACGUGCCCGAGCUACGAGCCUGAGCUACGAGCCUCUUCACCACCAACAUUGAGCCAAGGAUUAAUCCAGGAUCGGUGAUGGAGUUGCUGUGUAACAUUUCUAUCUACCAGUACACCACUGGCUUAAAUUACUCAAACUCUCUGCAGCAAACUGAAGGAACUGUAACUAUUUUUUACAAGGGGAUCAAUGUUAGUGGGCUCUUUGAAAGCAAUGCUUCAGAGCCCCACAGAAACAUUCCCGACAUGGAGGACAACACUGAGGACUCUUUAAAGGGAACCAGCGCCUUAGCAAACCAAAUCGCACACUUUUGCACUGGAAAUGACUUGUAUACUUAAGUGUGGUUGGAAACAAGUGAAAUGUUGUAAAGCAAGAGUACAGAGUGACAAGCUUAUCUGUCAUGUCUGAAAUGAAUGUUUGUCCCACCACCACCACCACCCUAAAAGGAAAAAAAUACAUACUGAUAAAAAAAAGCAUAUUUGCCUCCGCAUGUGCCAAAAAAACAGGAAAAAAAAAAACAUUUUAAAUAAUCAUUGUCUUGAUGAAAGUUGCUUUUUUUUCAUAGUAUAUUGGUAAUUUAUAUCUGACUGUGCCCUGAUUCAUGAAAAAUGUGUUGUGUGUUGACAUUUUUGGGAAUAUGGAGACCUCUUUACAUCAGUACAUCGAAAAAUGUCAAUUGCCAUAAUUUGCUAACCAUGUGUUUGGGUGAAAGGGUGCCACUCUUUUUACAUUAAAACAAACUGAGGUGUGUGUGUGUCUGUGUGUGUCUGUGUGUGUGUGUGUCUGUGUGUGUGUGCGUGUGUCUGUGUGUGUGUCUUGAGAGAACAUUUGAAAUGUUGCCAAUGUGUGUGGUUAUCCAUCCAGUGGCCUUAGGCAUGUUUGAUUAGGAGUCCUGAAAAAAAAAGGAUACCACUGCUAGACAGAAAACACACAGCAGCCUUCACUGUGCCUCGGCUGUCCUAUUCAUUUGGAUCUAUCCUGUGAUUGUUUGUGUCAUUCACAUGAAUGCAGUCUCCAUUCACUCUAAAUGAUGAUGUGAUGAAGCUCACACCUGGUCCUUCCUCUGUUGGCCCAUUCAAGGAUAUUAUGGUGAGAUCUUUUAGGAGAUGUUUCAACCAAUUUACAUUAUUGUGUAACAGUAGGUGGUUGCAUAGUAAUCUUUGCUGUUUGUAUUGUGCUGUGUUUCAUGCAGACACCCCCUUCACUGACACCUGGCUUUUAGUAUGACUAUCACUGUGCAACUGAGUUUAUAAUGGAAAAAUGUAUUCCAGAUAAUCAUUGCCCAAGAGAUCUGUGCUGUUCAGUGCUAUUCACUGUUUAUCAUAUUUAAAAUAUCCAAAAACAAGUUUCUAAUUUUGGUCUAUUAAUGUAAGACGCGUAAAAUCUAUCAUUUUAUUGUGAGUCUAAAUGUCCACAAAAUUAUGACCAAAUUCUCGUCCUGAGAUACAUGAGUUGUCAGCUGCAGGGCUGCAAAGUGAUUAGAGACACCGUCCUUCAACCUUGGACCCAGAGUCCUCCCUGUCAGAGUGCCCUGGAGCAAGAAUCCAGCGCUGAUGUUCUGUCUGCUGACCAUGCAUUGUGACCUCUCAAUGGAGAUACACAGGUGAGAAGAGAAUUUCCUUACAGGGGUCAAUAAAGUGUUAGAUUACACAUGCCCAGUACUGAAAAUCACACUUUGUUUAAUUGGUUGCAAACCCAAAAGGCCCAAUCAAGAAGAAAUAUAAAAAAAAAGGCUAGAAAUAAAUGUUUGAGAAGA